UUUGCUUGGUCAGUCCUCGCGUCCGAUUUUCACCUUUUCCCCGUCUCGAGCUCCAGCCGCCCCAAACCCUAGGUCACCGCCGCAAUCCCGCUGCAAUUCGGAACAUAACUCGGCACCCGGAGAUGCCGCGGAAACGGCGCACGGAAGCGCCUCCCCGCGGGGGCAAGAAGCGGAAGCCGGAGAAGGCGGCCGCAAUCCCUCACCAGAUCGCCCGUACCGGCAGCUGCGAUACGGAGCCUCCGUUGGUGUACCUGGUGGUCGGCCAUGACGUCACUCGCCCCGCCUACUCCAUAGUCAAGGUGAACCCCUUCUUCCCUCGCCGCCGCGCCCCGGUACCGAUCCCAGGACAUCUCGCACGCCUUGAGUCCAAGCACUGCAUGUCCUUCGUCGCCGUGCGGUCGAGGCACGGCCCGUGGAUCGUCGGCGUCGGCGGCAACGCACCCAUUGACUAUGGCCCCGAGACCAUUGUCUUCGACACCAGGACGCACCAGGUGAUCCCGGGACCGAAGCUCUUGUCGACCAAGUUCCGGCCCAUCCUGCUACCGGUCGGCGAGAAGAUCUAUGCCCUGACACGUGAUCCUGCCAUCAAGGGGGAGAUUAAUUUCGUGCCCUGGUUCGAGGUCCUCGACCUCUCCCAGGCGCGAGUGGUCAGUGGCCGUCUCGUGGACUGCAAAUGGGAGCAACUGCCCCGGCCGCCCUGCUUCCCCUGGGAGCUCUCCCCAAGGCACUACAUCUUCCCGCCGGUGGUCUGGGUCAGGUCCUUUGCAGCCGUGAGCUCCUGCAUUCUGGUGUCGACGGAUGAGCAGAAGGGCACGCACAUGUUCAACUUGGAGACAGAGCAAUGGGCGAAACUGGAUGACAAGGAUCUGCCAUUCACCGGAGGCGCCGCCCCUCAUGGCCCCCUCUUCCUUGGCUUUUCAACUGCCGCCAAAAAGAUCACCGCUUAUAAGAUCACAGUCUGCGCCGCCGACUCACCAAGCCCAAGCAUCACAGCAGGGUGCCCAUCCUUGUCAAUCGUUGAGUUCCCGAUGGUGGAUGAGGCAGGGGAGGAGGUCGUUAGCAAUGGCAAAUUUGUUUCCCUCGGUAACCAUGGCUUCUGUUCGUUUAGAUGUCGCACCGAUGACCUUGUGCUGGGUACUCUUGAGCAUACACGGGAACUUGUCACCAUGAGAACAUACGGAACAGAGGACCUCUCACAAGACCACCUCAAGUCUAUUCGCCAUGUAGUGAUCUCCAACCAAUUGGAACAGGUUUACAGCGUCCGCGAUUCACUCCGGGGACUUUCUUGGCCAUCCUUGGUAGAUGUGAUAUCCCUGUGAUGUAAUGAGUAAGCCCCUUUGGCACAGUACUUCACCACAUUGCUUACUUUAUUAAUUCAAUAAUUGUGAUUCAGUUAGAGAAUCUGGGUAAUUUUCAGUUCCUCCCUCCGCUUCCAUAUUAGUUCUCCCUGAUUUAGUACAACCUUAUACUAAAUCAGCGACAACUAAUAUGGAAUGGAGGAGCUAUUUAUUCAAUUAGCAAAAAAGAA